UAUAUAUUCAAGAGUUAUAUCUAUAAAUUAACUUCAUAAUGCGUACUGUUACAAACGUUGGAAACUAUUACACUUGUAAUUCACCAAAUUGUUGUCAUCCGUCAUGUUGGGAAACAAUAAGAAAAUUAAUGAAUGGAAUUCUUAUAUUUAGAGCUAAAAAUUAUUUAUGGAAACGUAUUGAAAAUUCAGAUAUUCCAUAUCAGUUAAUUUAUGAUUCAUUUGCGCAAUCAAUAUUUUCGGAUUCACAAUAUGGUUAUAAGUCUCCAAGAUUAACAAAUUAUGCCUAUUUCAUGAUGGACAAAUUAAAAAGAUCUCAUAUAGAGAAUAGAAAAAUUAAAGAAGGUGAAUUAAUUAAUGAAGAUAAUCAAGAUAUUAAGAUUGAUGAAGAAUGUGUAAAAAAUUCAGAAGAACAUUUAAUUGCUUUGAAUUUACUUAAACAUCAAUUAAAUAAGUGUGAUCAUAUAGAACAAGAAAGUCAAUUAAAGUCUCCUUAUGUCUGGAUACCAUCAAAGAAGUUAGACAAGUUAGAAAAUAAACCAAUAAAAAAGAAAAGAACUAAACGGAAAGGUAACGGUAAUCUACUAUUUAUGUUGGCAUCAAAGCCAGAAAAAUGUCAGUCAUUUGUUCGACAGAUAUCAUCACGAAAAAAAGAUGCGAAUCAAACUCUAGUUAGUGAUUACAAAAUAAAGAGAAAUGAACAAAAUGAUGUAUCUGAAGAAACCUCUUGUAUGCCACGAUGGAUGAUUUCCUGUCAUAUAAGCGGACAAGCCCUAAGGGCAAGAUUAUUACCCUUGGCUCGAGCACAAAUACGUCGACAUAUUCAACAAGGAAGUCUAAUAUUGUGUCCUAGCAUAAGUAAUAUUGAAUCGGACAGAAGUUCAGAAAAAAGAAUAAGUGACAGUAAGGUUUCAUCGACAAAAAUCCCAGAAGAUGUAUGUGGUUUUGAAGGAGAUGACCAACAAAUUUUAUUCACUAGAGAACUUACUAUACCAAACCAGAAACUUAUUUCUUUUAAUGAGUCAUUUAAGUCGAAUGGGGUAAAUUUGGAACAGUACCAGCACACUAAACCGUAUUUUUUGAACGAACUAUUAAAAUCUCAGUGUUCUAGACAUGAUAAACAAAAAGUUUCUGAUUCUCCAAUUCAAGAACAAGAUGAAUUAAAAGCAAAGUCACAUUUGUUAAGUGACCUGUUACUAUUUCAACAGUCCAGACUAAAAAGAUCUGAGCCAACUCCUCCGCACCAUUAUAUGAGUUCUAUUGAUAAUCUACAAAGUUUAUACAUGAACCGAUGUUAUACAUCACCAAUUAAUUGGCCAUCUUUAUUACCUAAAAAUUCAGAGUUGAAAGAAACAAGCUACAAUUUGGGUGAAAUGAUUCCACCAUCAUCUAGUCAAGAAAAAUACUACACUAAUGAUAUAAUACAAUCAAGAAAUUUAUAUUCACACAUAUAUUGUGAUUCUUCGUGGAUUUCGUUAUCACUUUCAAGGUAUCGGUCGAGUGGGGUGAUUGGCCCAAUCUCUACCACCUGUAUACCGCUCACGAUAGUUCAUGGGUCAUUCGUCCCACUAUCCAGGAGGCACGACGUGAACGUUGGAAAACGAGAAUUCAUUAUCUAAUAUAAAUGAUUCAUUUGAAAAUGGUUCAAAUUCAGUUGCUAUAUGGCAAAUCAUGCCUGGAAGAUUACUUCGUAGAUCUAAAACUCAGUAUAUAUUGAAUAAAAAUCAACAAUUGAAAAAUGAUCAAAUUUGUACAGAUAAUUUGAAACAAACAAAGAAUGAAUUGAAAUUAAAUUUUAUGAUUGAGAAUAUUAAUAAUCAACACCAUAGGAAGAAAUCACUGGAUUCAAACGUUAUCAAUGGUACUUCAGAAGUGGAACUCUUGAGGCCAACAGAAGAUACACAUGAACGAGAUAAUGAUGGCUUUAGUGAGAACAGUAGCUGUUUCAAUAAUUCCUACUGGUCUAGCCGACGUCAUCCAGGUUAUAUUGAACGUAUGCAUACAAUAGGUUCUGUUUCAGAUCGUAAAAGAUUACUUCAAGACAAUAACAGUAAAAACAAUAAUUACAGAAAUUACAUCGCUCCAGAGAAAUACAAAUUUGUCGAUUCAGUUGAUUUGAUCACCUUGAAACCUAAAACAAAAUCUUUUCUACCACAAAUACGUCAUUCUGUCUCAACAGAAAAACACUGGAACAAAAAUAUAUUGGGACUUAAUUCCUGUGAUUUAACUGAUCAAGCUAAUCAUUCCAGUUCAUUACCAAUGUUAAUUAAGCCACCACCGCCUAGUCCGG